UGCACCCUGUCCAUUACACAUACAAGGACCAAAAGGCUAUCUCCUCCAACCUCCUUAUUUUACACAGAGGGAAAUCGAGGCCUAGGGAAGGUUCUGACUCUUCGAAGGUCCCAAAGGCAGUCGUUUUCAGAUUUAAACACAAAUCCUCUGAGUCCAGAGACAAGUGUGCUCUUUCCAUUGCACUGCUUCCUCCCUAAUACUUUUUAUUAUUCUGAAACAAGAAAGCAUUUAUUUCUCUCCUACUAUAAGGUGCCAGGCACGGUGGGACCCAAAGAGAGAAACGCAACAGUGCUUGCCCUCAAAGAGCUUUUAGUCUCUGCCAGGCACAUCCGUGUGGGUGGUGGAUGGCGUGCUGGACCUAGGGUUCCGGAUACCUCAGUCUGAAUCCUAAGUAUGUAAUUCUCGGGCAUUGUCGUGUGUAAGAAAGGUUGCAUCAAGCAUUCUACGAAAUAUGGAUACAAAUUGAAAUAAUUAGAGGAUUCUCAUUCUCAGAAACACAGCAAAAUGUAUAAACCAACAGAGACAGUGAAACGUCGACUCAAUGUGCAUGUACCACCAAGGAUAAGAAGUGUGGAUGUUGCUAGAGGACGAGCAGGAUAUGGAUUUACCCUUUCUGGACAAGCACCUUGUGUUCUUAGCUGUGUUAUGAAAGGGAGCCCUGCAGAUUACGUAGGACUAAAAGCUGGAGACCAGAUCUUUGCUGUCAAUGACAUCAAUGUAAAAAAGGCUUCUCAUGAAGAUGUAGUGAAGCUGAUAGGGAAGUGUUCUGGGGUGCUACGUAUGGUAAUUGGCGAAGGUAUCAGUCACAUGGACUCUUGUUCUAGUGAUGAAGAAGUUGGAUUUUAUGAAGGAAAAGGCUGGCUAAAGCCCAAACUUGAUUCCAAAGCAUUAGGUAUCAACAGAGCAGAGAGAGUUGUUGAAGAAAUGCAAUCUGGUGGAAUUUUUAACAUGAUCUUUGAAAAUCCUACUCUUUGUGCUGCUAGUUCAGAUCACUCGAAACCAAAACAAAGGUCCCUUUCAGAGUCAGCUGCUGCUGCUGCUCGGUUUGACAUUGCACAGGAAAGUAUAAAUAGUCCAAAUUAUAAUCUUCAUUCUAAGGAAGAAAUAUCUAAAGUUGUUCAUGAUGAUUCAGUUUUCAGUAUUGGACUAGAAAAUCAUGAUGACUUUGGAUUAGAUGCAAGCAUUUUAAAUGUUGCCAUGGUGGUAGGUUAUCUAGGUUCAAUAGAACUUCCUUCAACCAGCUCCAACCUUGAAUAUGAUAGUCUGCAGGCUAUUCGUGGGUGUAUGAGACGCUUGCGGGCUGAACAGAAAAUACAUUCGUUGGUAAUGAUGAAGAUUAUGCACGAUUGUGUUCAACUCUGCACUGACAAAGCUGGCAUAGUGGCUGAAUAUCCUGCAGAGAAACUGGCAUUUAGUGCAGUGUGCCCUGAUGACAGAAGAUUCUUUGGACUGGUUACCAUGCAGUCUAAUGAUGAUGGAAGUUUAGCUCAGGAAGAUGAAGGAGUUUUGAGGACAUCUUGUCAUGUUUUCAUGGUAGAUCCAGAAUUGUUUAGCCAUAAAAUUCAUCAGGGUAUUGCAAGACGAUUUGGGUUUGACUGUACAGCUGAUCCAGACACUAAUGGUUGUUUAGAAUUCCCAACAUCAUCUUUACCUGUUUUGCAGUUUAUUUCUGUCCUAUAUAGAGACAUGGGGGAAUUGAUUGAAGGAAUGAGAGCACGGGCCUUCCUGGAUGGUGAUGCUGAUGCUCAUCAGAAUAAUAGUACAAGUAGCAAUAGUGAUAGUGGCAUUGGCAAUUUCAACCAGGAAGAAAAAAGCAACAGAGUUCUGGUGGUUGAUUUAGGAGGCAGUUCAAGUAAGCACAUUCCUAGUAAUGUGUGGGAAAAUCCAGGAGGAAGAGCACCAAACCCACCUAGUGCACACUGGAAUGGUUUCUGUCAUGAUUCAGAAGGAAAUUCUUUAGAAGCAACUCAGAAUGAUAAAUUUUGUGAUUUAAAUAAGCAUUUAGUACCUUCUUCCCGAAUGGAGGUUCCUCUUGUUUCUUCACGGAGUUCAGUCCCUCCUUCCAAAAGAAGUACUAUGGGUAUAGGUGGUGGUUCCAACCAAAGGUGGCUGCCUGUCCAUGUCCUCCAGGAAUGGCAACAUGGCCAUGCCAGUGAUCAGGAGUCAUACACGGAUUCUACAGAUGGAUGGUCAAGUGUGAAUUGUGGCACACUUCCUCCUCCAAUGAAUAAAAUUCCAGCUGACCGAUACAGGGUCGAGGGAAGCUUUGUUCAGCCUCAACUAAGUGUUCAUAAGAGUGAGUGGUCUAAAAAAGCUUUUGGGAUGCAAACCAUCUUUGGCCCUCAUCGAAAUGUUAGAAAGACGAAAGAGGACAAAAAGGGGUCAAAGUUUGGACUUGGAAUUGGUUUGGGUCAUACUCCACAGCGUACCUCUACUCGGAGAUCAUUUGGAAGAUCCAAGAGAUUUAGUAUUACUCGCUCACUUGAUGACCUUGAGUCUGCAACUGUAUCCGAUGGUGAAUUAAACAGUACUGAUUUGAAAGACUGUGUUAGCAACAACAGCCUCAGUAGCAAUGCCAGCCUUCCCAGUGUGCAGAGUUGCAGAAGACUUCGGGAAAGGAGAGUUGCAAGUUGGGCUGUUUCAUUCGAGCGUCUUCUACAGGAUCCUAUUGGUGUUAGAUACUUUUCUGAUUUUCUAAGGAAAGAAUUCAGUGAAGAAAAUAUUUUGUUCUGGCAGGCGUGUGAAUAUUUUAGCCAUGUACCUGCACAUGACAAAAAAGAGCUUUCCUAUAGAGCCCGUGAGAUCUUCACAAAAUUCUUGUGUAGCAAAGCUACCACGCCGGUUAACAUUGAUAGCCAGGCACAAUUGGCUGAUGAUAUUCUUAACGCACCACAUCCAGACAUGUUCAAGGAACAGCAGCUGCAGAUUUUUAACUUGAUGAAGUUUGAUAGUUACACUCGUUUUCUGAAAUCCCAGCUCUAUCAAGAAUGUAUUUUGGCAGAAGUAGAAGGUCGCUCUCUACCUGAUUCACAACAGGUCCCAAGUAGUCCUGCCUCUAAACACAGCAUCAGUUCAGAUCGCUCUAAUGUCUCAACGCCAAAAAAGUUAAGUGGAAAGUCAAAAUCAGGAAGAUCCCUAAAUGAAGAAUCAGGAGAAGAGGAUGGGGAGAAGAAACGCAAAGGAACAUUUUUUUCCUGGUCAAGGAAUAAGAGCACUGGACGAUCCCAGAAGAAGAAGGAACAUGGGGAUCAUCCACAUGAUACUCUUCACUCUAAUGGAGGAUUACAUCGACGUGAAUCACAAGGUUCCAUGUCUUCUGCUGCAAGCCUUGACCUGUCGGAAACCUGUAGGGUCUCAGUGGCUGAAAAGGACAAGUCGUCCAAGCACUGCUGCAUAAACCUUCCUGAUGGGACGUCAUGUGUGGUGGUUGUGAAAUCUGGAUUCUCAAUCAAAGAAAUAUUAUCUGGGCUGUGUGAGAAACACGGCAUCAAUGUGGCUGCAGUCGAUCUUUUUUUAGUAGGAGGGGACAAGCCGUUAGUGCUGCACCAAGACAGCAGCAUCUUGGAUUCCAGGGACCUACGCUUAGAAAAGCGCACUUUGUUCCGGCUUGAUCUAGUCCCAAUUAAUAGGUCAGUGGGACUGAAGGCCAAGCCCACCAAGCCAGUCACCGAAGUGCUACGGCCUGUAGUGGCCAAGUAUGGUUUGAAUCUUAGUGACCUUGUUGUGAGACUGAGUGGAGAAAAGGAGCCGCUAGAUCUUGGUGUUCCUAUUUCUAAUUUGGAUGGACAAAGAGUGAUCUUAGAAGAAAAGGAUCCCACUAAAGGAAAAGUAUUCACAGAGAAACAGAAAGGUGCAUCAGCCAAACAGAAUAUAGCUGUAAUUCCCAGUUCCAGAAAUCACUCCGCUACGGGAGAGGAAAGAACACUAGGCAAGUCUAAUUCUAUUAAAAUAAAAGGAGAAAAUGGAAAAAAUGCUAGGGAUCCCCGGCUUUCAAAGAGAGAAGAAUCUAUUGCAAAGAUUGGGAAAAAAAAAUAUCAGAAAAUUAAUUUGGACGAAGCAGAGGAGUUUUUUGAGCUCAUUUCCAAAGCUCAGAGCAACAGAGCAGAUGACCAGCGUGGGCUACUAAGAAAAGAGGACCUUGUCCUGCCCGAUUUUCUUCGUUUACCACCUUGCACAGCAGAACCAACUGCGUCUACUCCUACAACAACAAAAGGCCUAAACAAGAGAACUGUAAAAAAUGGCAGCAAGGAAAAGGCUUCAUCACCAAAUGGGAAGCUGGAAUCUCCUCAAAACGGUAAUGAAAGUCCAGUGAAGAGCCCAGGGCCUUCAGAGGGCAAGCCCAGGCCUACUCUGGCUGCCCUCCACAGUCAGAAGACUCACAGCGUUCCCUUCAGUGCCCCAUUGUCUCCAAUUCCACACGUCCAGGAAGGAACGGCAUCGGCGCAAAUAUGGAAGAGACAAUCCAAGGAACUACAUACUGAAGGCAUACAGACUAUAGAUGAUGAGAAUGUUGCCGACUUAACACUUGUGGGUGAAGGAGAUAUUAGUAGCCCUAACAGCACUUUAUUACCACCUCCUCCAACACCACCAUCAGAUGUUACGAAACUCACUGAAGCCAACUACUCACCCCCAACUCCUCUGACAGAUAAACAGGAAAAACCUGGAUAUCAGAGAUCCGUUUCAGGAGCAAACCAUGGAAGGAUGAAAGAAUCUGGAAACUUCUGUGAGCAGAUCCCCCUUCCACCCCGACAUGACCCCGGCUCAUAUCCUGGGAUGAACUCUGGCAGUGAACUCCCAGUGAACAGGAUCAUUGAUGUGGACGGAGUCAAGGGCGGAACCAACAGCCUGAUGCCCUCCUCAGAGUUGGAUGGCAAUCUCAGCUUUGAGGGAUCUAUCUCAGAGCUCCGAAUGUGCCAGGGGAGAACACGUACAGGCAUGUAUAGAACAUCAGACCUCCCAAGCCUACUGACUGUGAAGAGUGAGAAACACAAGAAAACAGAGAACCAAUAUAAAGCAACUUUUGUCUAAGUCCCAAGACUUAUCUUGUCCUUUAAGAUGCAGAAAUGUUUUUUUCAGUUCUUUUAUAUUUAAUGAUACUAAUAUUAAUAGUGCUUGAAGGUUUACAAAGUACCAUAUACACACUCUCUCAUUGCAGCCAUCUGAAGUAGGCAGUGCAAGUAUUAUCAUUCCCAUUUUACAGAUGGGGAAAGCAACAUCCAGAAAAGGAAAGUGACGAGCUUGAAAUCACUCAGUUUAUUGAUACUAGAGCCAGGAGUCAAACCUCUGUCUUAUGUUUUCAAAUCCAGUACUAGGCAAGCUCUCUGUUAGAAGGAUGAGAACAAUGAUGGUUCUGUAUGAGGUGAAAAGCUACAUGUUCCCUUGGGUGCUCGGCGUUCUCCAUUUGGAUGACCUCUGCCUUGAAAGUGAACUUUGCCAUGCUGUAGACAAGGCCUUUGUUGGCUGGAGUCAGAGAGCCUGUAAUUGUAUCCUGGCUCAGCUCUCUGCUCCCUCUUUGAGCUCAGGCUAAUCUCUGAACCUUCCUAUGCUUCGGGUCCCUGCUUGGUAAAACGAGGUAGUUGGCCUGGAUGACCUCCAAAGCAUACUCCACUUCUGACCAUGGACGUCCCAAGGUCCUUCCGGCUCUGCAUCCUAUGAGUCAUUCCUGAUCAGACGAGUUUAGGAGCCAUUCCCCACUCGUGUGUGAGCACAUUUAUGGUCUUCCAGAUAGACUGGGUGAAAAAGCAGAGGGAGAGAGCUGAUGAGGGCAUUCUCUGCUCUCUAAGAAGUCUGGUCAUGGAAAAUGCUUUAAGCAUGGUGAGGUACAAACAUGGGAACCCACUGUCUAUUCAAGCCAGAUGCCUGAUAUUUAGGAGUGGCCAGCAGGAGAAGGAGCAGUUUUCUGUUCACUUAUUAUACCUGGGUGACCUAGAGCAAUGGUUAGAACACUGGACUUAGAUCUGGGAAUCCAGCAGCUUGAUCCCAGGCUGAGCUCUGCUGUUACCUUGUAUGACCUUGGGGAGGUCAUUCAACUUGUCUAGGCCUCUCUUCCUUCAUCUCUAAAAUGAAGUUAACCUCUAAGAUCCCUUUUGGGCAGCUAGGUUGCACAGUGAAUA